ACCACGAUCGCAUCUGCAAGCCCUGCCACACUUGGACUGCGCGCUCGGCCCGCUCACAAGGUAGAGCCUUUCCACGGCGGCUCGCGCGGUAGCACGAGCGACGCCGGCAGCCGCUGUCUGAACUCGUGUCUCUGCGAGCUGCGCGUCCUGCCCCAGCGCCAAGGAAGCGGCUCGCCCGCGACUCCGCUCGGCGCUCGCUGCGCAGCAGGCACUGCGGCCGGCCCAGCAUGCCUGCCUUGACGGCCGAGCGUGCAUACAGCGCUGCCAUCCUGGCAGUCGCAACGGCGCUCUUCGUCCGUGCUGCCUGGACGCAGUUCGCUGCGCACCUGGCGAGCAGCAACGCCUCGCGCUCGCAAGCCCCUGCACCGGCGCCGGCGCCGAAGCCGAGCCACGCAUCAGCCAUCAAUGUGCAGCAUGCGGCCACUCUGGAUAUGUGCGACGUGCACCCAGCUCAGCCGAACCGCUUCUACGUGCGUGCCGGCGCGCUGCUGAAGCUCGUCGAUGUUGUCGCCGGAGUCGCCGCACGCCGCCAUGCCGCGCUCAGCUGCGUCACCGUCAGCGUCGAUGCGGUCCUCCUGCUGGCGCCGAUUCCGCUCUCGUCGCUCAUCCACUUGUCUGCGUCCGUCAACCGCGCCUGGGGCUCGAGCAUGGAAGUCGGCGUCCGCGUCCUGUGCGAGAUCGACGGAUGCAAGACGUACGUCUCCCACGCCUACCUGACCUUUGUGGCCUUGCCGCCGGUGACUGGCGGACCCCGGCCGAGCCUUGCGCCGCUCGAGCCUCGCACAACCCUCGAAGCGCGACGACACCUGCUGGCCGGUCGCCGGCGAGCGAAGCGCAUGGAGGACUCAAGGCGUGGCGACACGCGAGAUGGCGUCAGUCAGGCGAUCAAGCGCCAACUGAGGGACGAGGUCGCAGCGCUUCAGGCGCCGGGCGAGGAGCCGCAGCUCGGAGAGCAGCUCACUGCGGGUGGAGAAGGGCAGGCUGAGCGCAUCGAGCUCGAAUGGGUUGUCAGAGCCUGGGCCGCGCACGAUCCUGCUGUGCGCGUCACAGCAUCCGACGUGUUCGUCUCUCUGCCCGGCGACGAGACGUUCCGCCACUCGCUCGCGGCGGUGACGACACUGGCCGCAGAGCUCGGCCUGGUGCGCCCCGCCGUGCCCUCAGUCACUGGGCCGCCAGGCUGGAGCAUCACCCGGCCGCGUGCUCUGAGCGAAGCACGCCUCUCUGAGGCCGACGUAGAGAGCGAAAGUCACACGGAGCUGGGCGAGUGGGUCACCGAAGCGCGGCUGCUUGCGGCCGAGCUCCCGGGCAGCCAGACGCUCAGUCGAUCGCUGCACCUGGUCUUCCCCGAGCACACGAACUCGCAGCAACGGCUCUUCGGAGGACAGACCAUGGCCUGGAUGGAGGCCUGCGCGCUCAAUGCAGCCCGCUGUCUGGGCCCUGCGUGGAGCACCGUGGCUGUCGACGGCCUCGAGUUUGCGCAUCCGGUGCUGGUGGGCGAAAUCCUGAUGCUACGCGCCAUCGUCGUCCGCACCUUUGCCUCGUCCGUCGAGGUCUUUGUGCAGGCUCAAGCGGAAGACCACGCCGGCGCGCUGCGCUGGACGAACGACGCCCUGUUCACGCUGACGUGCGGCCCGACGAGCGACGCACACCGCAAGCUGCCGCGCAUCAUCCACGCGCCGGGCUCAGCACUGGAGGCGUUCGCAGCGCCUGCGCCACAGCGGCGCGCGGCGAGACUCGAGAUGCGCGACAUGCUGCGGCGCGUCUACAGCUGAGC